CGAAGGAGCAAAAAAAGAGGCAAGUCUUAGAGAGGUAGAGAUGGAGUCUGUACUUCUCCCGCGCUUCCACACCCUAAGCUGCUUGUCCUCGGAUGAGUAUAUAUCAUGGUCUCCUGACCUCUGUUCAACUUUUUCCCAGGAGCUUAUUCCAUCCCACUCAUCAUCCCAGUUUUCUUAGAUAAAACAACCAAACCAACCUUUUUUUUUUCGCCUCGUUUUCUUUUUUGUUUCCUUCGAUUCUUUUAUAUACCGCCGGCCCGGUUUUUAUCUACUGUUACCUUUUAUCAAACCUCUUUUUUUUCGUUUCAUUCAAGCUUUCCUCAUCCCAAAACGACAACAGAAAACAAAACAGUCAAAAUGAAGUUGAUCAGCAUCGUCCUCCUCGCCAUUGCCGGCACCACCGCUGCACAGCCCGACAUGUCUGAUAUGUCCGGCAUGGAUAUGUCCGGCGGCAUGGGCGGCGGCGGCAUGGGCGGCGACAAGAAGGACGGCAAGGGGGGCAUCAUGGCCACGUGCAACAAGAUGUUCAAGCUUGAGGGCCUUGAGAAGAUCGCCGCCAACGAGACGCUCCUGAACAAGAUCACCAGGAACAAUGCGACCAGGGCCGACGCCAUCAAGGACAAGGCCAAGAAGGCCGAGACCGAGCUCAAGACUUACCAGAGCAACUCGACCCUGGUGACCGAGUGCGGCAAGAUCGCCGCCGAACGCAUGGAGAAGCAGCAGUGCAAUGAGAUGCACCGCCUGGAGCAACUGGAGAAGAUCGCUGGCAACGACACCCUUCUGAACGAGGUGACCAAGAACAACGCCACCAGGGCCGACGAUCUCAAGAAGAAGGCCGAGGAGCGCAAGGCCACCCUUGAGACCCUGCAGAAGAACACCACCCUGACCGCCUUCUGCGCCGGGGAGACGGACAAGAUGACCUGCAUCCAGAUGAAGGGUAUGGAGAUGAUGGUCUCAAAAGCCAGCAACCAGACCUUCCUCGAUGCCAAGUUCAAGAACAACCAGACCAAGAUCGAUGACUUCAAGAAGAAGGCUACCAAGAUCGACGAGAAGCUCAAGUCCCUCCAGUCCAACUCGACCCUCAUGGACGUUUGCAACAAGAUGAAGGACUCCAAGGGAAGCGAUGGCACCACCAACGGCGGCCGCACCAGCAGCCCCUCCAACGGAGGUGCCUCCAUCCAGCCCUUCGGUGUUUCCACCUCAAUCGUGGCUCUGUUCGCCGCCGGUCUUCUCCUCUUGUAAAGCAGAUGAUGACAACAACCACAGGAACGGGUAUGGCUUAUUUGCGGAUAUGGGACUGGAUGUUGUUGAGUGGGUCUUUUGGAGGGCACACACAAAAGAGGGGCCCCUCUAUACUCUUAUCGGGAUAGCUUUGUUGUCUUUUUUGUUGUAGAUACACGUUUUGGGAUGUGAAAUAUUUUUUUUUGAGGCGU